AUGCGUGCAAUUUUACUUUCCUUAUUGGCGUCUUCAACAGCCAUUGUCUCCGCCUACCAUUCUUUAAUAUCAGAUGGAUGUAUACAAGGAAAUUUCCAUGAUCUUGUGAUCAGAAACUCCUGUGGAGAUGAUUUAUCAAUUGUCAAAUGCCUUGCAGAAGAUGUUGAUUUAAGACACUUGGAUCAAAUUGAACAAUGUUUCAUAGCUGGUGGAUGCGAUGCGAUUGAUUCUACUGUGUCAGCAGCAUGGUUUUCAUACGAAUGUAAUGAUCUUCAAGGAUCGAUUGAAGAGUUCAAAAAAGAGGAUUUAAGAAAGAGAGCCACCGAGACAAGUUCAACUGCUGAAAGUACAACGGAAUCUACUACGACAACAGCUUCAUCUUCGAGUUCGCGUUCUGCCAGUACAACCGCCGCGACUACCACAAUCUCCGCAUCUACAACCGCUUCGACUUCAGCAUCUUCUUCGAGCUCUGCGGCUUCAUCCACGACUGCUACAACUGCAACUGCAAGCGCCACUACCUCUACCACCGCAAGUACAACUUCUUCCUCGACAUCCGGUACAACUAACAGCGCGACAAGUAGUGGAACUGGAACCUCUUAAAGCACACUAGUCUGUUCCACAACCUCCUAUUAUUCCACGAGUGUAUGUUCUUACGGAACAGGUGCUUCCACUGGUGUUACCAUUGGAUGUGCCACUACUUCUGCCGCAACGACAACUUGCGCAGCAGGAGUACUGUGUACAACUGCAUCAUCAGGAGAAGAUGUCUGUAUGGAAAUUGACAAUUCGCUUACGUCAUCCGGCUUAGCAGUUACAAUCUUUUGCGCAGUUUCAAUUGGUGCUUUCGUUAUUGGACUUAUAGUAAUUGGAUGCAAAGAUCUUCAAGCCGCCAAUCAAAUUCGAGCGGCCCGUUUGGCACAACUGGAUGCAGAAAGCAAAGAGGCAAUACAAUCAUAA